UUUUCUCUUAAAAACUGCAUUCACGUAAAACAAGUAAAUUUACACGUUAGAUCAAAAUAUGGUAUAUAUUUUUUUGUACUGUUUAAUUAUAAGACUUAUUAUCAAAGAGCUAUUGAGAAAAAUGAUUUUAAGUUGUAAUAUGUAACUUCCAUUUUUUAUAUAUUUUUUAUUCUUGAAGAAAGGUCGAAUAAGAGGAUUUUCGAGGUUAAGUCAUACCAGUAAUACAUUACUUCUGCUAACAGCAUGUACUGACAAGCUUACAGUUUAUAUAUUGUAAUGCUUAAUUUAAUAACUUUUUAAAUUUUGGGUUUUUGGAGAUUUUAAAAGAUAAAUGUUUAUAGCAUUGAUGAAAUCAGUUUCUGAACCAUGGAUGAAAGAAAAUAAUGGAUUGGUAUAAAAAAGUGAUAAUUUUCAGAUAUCUAAAUGGACCCAGCAGAUUUUAAUGAUGUCCCAGUUCCACCUGUCUUUUCUGCGCCGGUCCCACCGGUCCUUCCUGAUACAGAUGUAGAGGUUGCAGAGGGGGACAUCGACAAUACCCAGUUUGUGACCGAUCUCGUCUCGAGUCAAGUACAUGGCUGGAUGCCUGUUCUUGGGUUUACCCUGUGGGGGAUAUCCUUUCUCAGUUGGAUAUUGGUGUUCGUUGGACUUUGGAUUAGCAAAAAGAUGGUGAGAUACUGUCAACGCCGCCGGAGUCUUGGAAGAGCUAAUCCUGACCUGGCUUUGAGGACUGUAAACAUUGGAUCAAGAAAACGAGAGACUGCAGGGACUGGAUCUUCAGCAGUUGCUGGACCGUCAUCACCAACGGUUAGAGUAUCUGGUCGAGUAGACGAAUAUCCAUUUGGUCCAGACAGUGAAAAAUCGUCCAUUGCCGGAGGGCCUGUCCUUCGAACUCGUCUGCAGACUGCUCGUAGGUUGAGCUCCGGUUGGGAUGAUGAACCCAAUCGUCAGGAUGUGAAUGGUAUUGUCAUUGGUUUGAAAGCUACUGCCAACACCACCUCCGAGCGGACCCUAAGAUCUGCCAAAGCAUCAAAUGACAGUUUCAAACGAUUGUAUUAACAAUGAAGAAAUUGUCCUACUAUCACGUUUUUUUAUAUUUUCCAUUGAGCCAUAACCAAAAUAAAAUAUAACCAAAAUGAUAUGAUUGGCUUUGAUAAUUUAUAUAUAUAUGUCGGAAAUAGAAAAAUUCUGGUGUGUUCUAAGUGGAUAGAAACAAAGUUUUAUGUUUCUAUAUGUCGGACAGUAUUUAACGCGACACCGUCUAUAUAUAUGUGUAAAGUGGGAAGGUGUAUAAUCUUGAGCAGAAGUGUGUGUGGUGACAUUCUAAUUUAAUGACGUCACAUAUAUAACAUGUUUCUUCAUGUUCUUACUGUUUGUUUGUUAACCGUCUUGCCUGUAUGAUGUUAUGAUUGUAAAACGGUCAGGACUCGGGAAAGGUUGAUAAAAGAUUGAAAACUCAAGAGUUUGGAUUUGAUAAAAUAUUUCCAUUUUCAUUAAAUUUUUUCAAAUUUUUUGAAAUAUUUUGCAAAAUCUGUGAAUAUUAUUUGUUUGUAUUUGUUAUUACGAAGAGGAAAAUUAUCGCAAUGAGAAGAAUGGCGCGAAGCGCCAUGAACUUUAGUUAGGCUUCUUCUAUUUUUAGUUUAAGAGUUUAGAGAUUUGAUGUUUAUUUCCUUUAUUCUUCAUACAAAUUUAGGUUGUAUUUCAU